AUGCCUUCAAGUAUUCCAGGUGGGUUACCUCAAACUGGUAGAGAGUUCCCAGAGAGAGGAAUAAGAGGAACUAUUCCUGGCCAAAUUGGAGACUUUCCUCAAUACUACACAAGAGAUGACAACUUCAGGAGCGUUCCGACGAGUCUUGCUAUACCCGGACAAUAUCGAGAACUUACAGGUGUUGCGCCCGGUGAUUCAAGAUUUGUGCCUUCUGUUCGAACAAGCUCUGUUCCAACUGAUGCCAGAAGUUGGCUUCCGGGAAAUCAACAGCCUACUGUUUCUGAUUCUAGAGUACCUCCUGAUUAUGUUCCACCGCGUAUGCCUUAUGAUUCAGCGAGUGGUUAUCAAAUUUCUUCCCGAGAUGCGAGAGUGUAUCCAGGAACGUUUCAGCAAACUUCAGAUGCUGUUAUUGGUCGCCCAGAUACUGCCGAUAGGUUAGUAAGUGAAGAUACUGCAUCGUCCCAAACUCAAGUUCAAACUGGAUACGAAGGCACUGCGGCAGAAGCCUCUUCUGCUGGUCGCUAUCGUGGGCUAGGUUCUCAGACUCAAGUGCAAGGUGGUUACUCAGGUAAUGGAUCAUUUUCUGCUCAAGCACAGUCUGGAUUUACAGGAGGUGUGACACAAAGUCAAGUAAGAGGUGGAAGGCAGGGUGGUCUAUCUGGCUCAAGUGCUCAAGUUGAAAGAGUAGGUUCCGCUCAGAGCCAGGUUCAGGUAGGUCAACCAAGUGGCGCAGCAAGCAGUAGUGCUCAAGGAAGGUUUUCUGGCGGCACGACACAAGUGCAAGCUCAGAGUGGUGGAACAGGUGGUAGCGCAGGGGCACAAGCGCAAUCAAGUGGAUUAAGUAGCAGCCAAGCUCAAGUUAAUGUAGGAGGUGGGGAAGCCACUCAAGAAAGCGGCUUUCAAGGAACAGUAUCAGCUUCUUCUCACGGAGGCUAUUCAUCUGGGCAGUCACAAACACAACUUCAAGGCGGAUUCGAUUCCGGCAGAACGUACGUUGCAACAGCUCAAGGUGGCUUUGAUUCAAAUUUAAUAUUUCAAGGAUCAGUGCCUCAACCUGGAUCAAUCCCCAGUUUUCCUCUUCGAGUAGGUGGUACCGAAAGUUCAGCAGCUCCAGGCUUUGUUUCAGGACAAAGAGAAUCAACAGUUAAUGGUUCUGUAACAGGCAUUUCAAGACCAUUAGAAACAGGUAUUUCGAGACAAUCAGAAAUACGUACUUCAAGAACACAAGAAACAGGGCAAGUCGGAACACAACAAGGUUUGUUGCCACCCUCAGAAAUGUUUCCUUACCCGUCUGGCUACGUACCUGCAGGAGGAAGAAGAGAUUCAUAUUUACCUGGAAGAACUAGUGAAACUGAUAGAUCUGGCGUAUUGAGUCGACCCGAUAUUCCACAGGGUCGGUUGUCUGGUAGUUCAAUCCCUUCUCAUUUAACAAAUUUGCAAAAACCAGGUGUAUUACAACCCGGGAUUCCAAUGACAGAUUCAAGGCAAUUAGGAUAUUUACCUGGUAGAAUUCAACAGCCUACUCAUGUACCAUCUUUUGCAAGGCCAGAAUAUGAAUCUCCUGUCUCACGACCUCUUUCACAAUUACCUGCAUCGCUACAAUCUGGAUAUAAGUUAGACUCAGAGCAGCGCCCUUUUCACAUACCAGGCCAAACACAGACAGAAUUACAAUCACAUUUAAUACAGCCUUUACCUCCAUUACCAUUGCAGCCGACUUCAAAAACUGACAGGACCCAAAUUCAAAGCCGUCCUAGUCUUUUGGGCCCAGGGCCAAUAUCUAGUUUACCUACUGGUACGCAACCUAGUUACCCACCUCAUGGGAUAGGUUCGGGUGGCAUCUUAAUACCGGGUUAUUUACCUGAUGGUCAUCUUCCAGGACAAGUUCCUUAUCCCAGCCAUUUGCCUGGUAUGGUGCAACCACGACAAUUUCUUCCACCUGGUUAUUUGCCUAGUGUUUCACAAGUAGACAGAGAUUUUCAACCUCCUGCGCAACCCUCACUUUUAUCGCCAGACUUUCAUCGUCAGCCUCGUCCGGAUUUAAGACAGCCAGAUGGUGUACAGCCCGGCAUUUCUCAGGUACCUGAACCACAGAUUUCUCCACCAAAGCCUUUAGAGACAUAUUUACCGGCAAGGCUGCCCGGUAUCCCUCAAAUACCUUCACUGAUACCAGAACCACAGAUUUCUCCACCAAAGCCUUUAGAGACAUAUUUACCGGCAAGGCUGCCCGGUAUCCCUCAAAUACCUUCACUGAUACCAGAACCACAGAUUUCUCCACCAAAGCCUUUAGAUGAUGAUUUAUCAGCUAGGCCACAACCUAAAAGAACGAUAACGCUUCCAGAGUCAUCAACAAGGCGAACAAUAGUUCGUCCAUCUCAAAUUCCAGGCGUUCCAGAGCCUGACGCAACAGACGAAGAAAGUUGUUGCGAGGCUUUGAAGAAUCUAAGAAGACGAUGCUGCGACAGAAGAACCGGAACACAAAAUGGAAGUUCUUGUUGUUCUUCUAAAGCAGGAAAAGGUAGACCAGUUGUCGAUAUAGAUGAUGACUUUGACAGUGUUGGCGGCGAAGAACCGUGCAAAAUUGUUAAAGCUAUUUGCUAUAUUGUUUACAAACCUGUUGGAAAAGCAAGAGUUUGCAAACCUACGAAUACAAAUGGAUGUUGA